AUGGUUCACGGUUCUCGACCCACCUCACUAAUUGUCCUCGCUGCUUUCACCUUUGUCGUGACAGCCAAUGCUCUUGCUCUAUUUUCCAUCAAACAAUCCAAGAAAAAGGCUGCCAAAUGGCCCCGUCGUGAAAAGCUACCCAAAGAUCUUGAGACCUGGAAGUUUUUCACAAUCAAAGAAUACAUGGAAGCAUGGAACGAGCUCCGCCCUCUUCUCGCGCAGCAUAACCUCGAGCUCUGGAGAACCUCGGCGGGGCAACAGCUCUGGGACCGCGACCUGCCUCCACAGGGCGACAACUUCUUCUACCUGACCAGUCACGACUUUCCGAAUAGCUCCCUGGCAAGAUGGUCCCAUUUCAGCGUGCUGACGGCGUGUCUGCACCACGCUGCGCGCAUGGAUGGAAUUCGCGAUGUCGUUCUCCGCGUCGUUUCCUUAUCAGCCGGAGAUACAGGCCAGACGCAUCUACGAAUAAUAAAGCGCCUGGCAUCACCCCCUGAUCAGCUGCUAAGCAGCAAUCACAUACUACCGAUAUUAAAAGAGAUUUACUUUGAGGAUAUAGUCAUUAUAGCCGUCCCGAAGCUUAUUUUUGAUGUUCGCGACGCGCUGCGCCAUGUAAAGGAUAACUCGGUCGAAGACGGGCUGUACAUGGCGCUCCAGGCUUUUGAGGCUACUGCGUACAUUCACCAAAACCUCAUUGCGCACCGUGAUUUAUAUUUAACUAACUUUAUGGUCGAAUGGAUGCCAGAGUCUCUCUCAAAGCGCACGACCGUGGCUCGUCCAAGGGUAUACAUGAUCGACUUCGAAACUGCCGUUGACUUCCCCCCGGACUCCUUAGAGGCGGAUAGAGUGUGCACGACAUUCCACCGGGAUCUAGACCAAUUCGGGCGAUACAUCGCACCGGAACUUCGAACAAAGGAGCCAUAUUGUCCUUUCAAGUUGGAUAUGUGGCAGUUGGGCGAAGAUCUGCGGAUUAACCUUGCGACCGGAUUGGAUGAGGUUGAUGGAUUGUGGCAGGCGCUUUGCAUGCCUAAUCCUCAAGACCGCAUGAAUGCUGACACGGCGCUUAAAACUCUCGACGAUUACCUUCGCAAAACUCCCUCCAUCAAUCUCCACAUGGCGAUUUUGGACCCGUUGGACGCCAAUGAACCCAUGUAUAUAUACGACUGA